AACAUAAAGGCAGGACUUGUCCUCCCCAAUCAUUGCAUCCACUUCUUCCACUGCAAAAGCUUCAACAGUCCAACAGUCCAUACAAACAUCUCACCAUAUACAAUUCACAUCCGCUAGCUAGCCAUUUUCAGGUCCAUGACAACAGUAUCACAGAUGGACCUUCUCCCCUUCUUCUUGAUGUUGUGCAUGGCAACAUCUGGAAUGAGCAUUAUGACAAAUUCUCUACUCAGUCCUUCUUUCAAUGUGGUGAGCUAUGGAGCUGUUGGCAAUGGAAAAACAGAUGAUUCCAAAGCAUUUAUGAAGGCAUGGUCUGCAGUCUGCCAUGGUCAAUCACAUGAUGCUCACCUUAUCAUACCACCGAAGACAUUCUUACUGAAGCCUGUGAAAUUUAGCGGCCCAUGCAAAGCCUCUCGUAUCACUGUUCAGGUAUUAGGAAAACUCGUAGCAUCUACCAACAAAAGGGCAUUCAACGGUAACUAUUGGCUUCUCUUCCAUAAGGUGAAAGGGCUUACUCUGUGGGGAAAGGGAUCCAUCGACGGCAAAGGGUCUGCUUGGUGGCAACAGCAUGACAGUGACUUUAGACCAGCCGCACUGAAAUUUUAUGAGUGUCCAGGCAUGGUGCUUAAAGGAUUGACCCAUCUCAACAGCCAAAAACAACACAUUGUUAUCACCAAAUGCCAUGGUGCAUUGAUCUCUAAGAUCAAAGUAAUCGCCCCUGAAGAUAGCCCUAAUACAGACGGUAUCAAUAUUGCUAGCUCAAAGAAUGUACGAGUACAGCGCUCUCACAUUUCAACUGGUGAUGACUGUAUUGCUAUUAGUGCGGGUUCUUCUAAUAUCAAAAUAAAGGGCAUGACAUGUGCACCUAGUCAUGGGAUUAGUAUUGGAGCGCUUGGAGAUCCUGGAAAACCUGAUGAAUCAGUGGAAAAAGUAGAUGUUAGUGAUUGUACAUUUAAAGGACCUGGGAUUGGAGUUAGGAUCAAAACAUGGCAGGGAGGACGGGGCCGUGUCAGGAACAUUUCAUACAAGAACAUUGAAGUCCAAGAAGUUGGCACUCCCAUUGUCAUCGACCAAUUUUACUGUCCCCGCGGAGGUUGCAAGAACAAUAGCGACGCAGUUCGGGUGAGCGACGUAUCGUACAGUGGGAUCCGGGGGACUUAUACUAGGGAUGAUGCCAUGUCUUUGCUUUGUAGUCAGAAUGCUGCCUGCACCAACAUUGUGCUUGAUAAUAUCAAUUUGAGAACCAUGGAUCCAAAGAAGGCGGCUAAGGUUAAGUGCUUCAAUGUCAAGGGGAGAUCACAGGAUGUGAAACCUGUUGUCGAUUGCCUAUCACACUAGCAAUUCAAUUAGAGUUUACUCCUUAGUUGUUUCAACUUGGUAUUAGUAUGCUGCAAGCCAUAUAUGGUAUGGUCUGUAUAUAUUGGCUUGUGGGAUUAUCUUGGUUUUGUGUGGUAUUGAAUUAUGAUCAAAAGUU